GGAAUAUAAAGACGCCCAACUUGCCUCUAAUUAUUAUUUUACUUACAGCGGUUUCCCCGACAUUUAUGUGGCAGGCUUUGAAAACAUGAGACUCCUACUAAUCAGUCUGUUAUGUGCCAGUGCAGUUGCACUAGGCGAGAAAUUUAACAUGAAGAAGUUACUUUCUCGUUUGAAGCGACAGACCAAUGGUGGUAGUACUUCAAGUGUUGCGGCUAAUACAGACGCAAGCGAUGGUGAUUACCAUUAUUAUGAUUAUCAAUACGACGGUACGAACGGUAACGAUUACGUUUACGGUGAAUGGAAUAACAAUGCCAACAGUUAUUCAGCUGAUUCUAGCGCGUCACAGGUCGGUACCUCAGCCAAUAGCAUCAAUGGAGAAGCCACUGAUACAAGCACGUAUGACCAAAAUACUAUUGCAGCAUUAAACGCGGCGUACGCUGCCCAAACCAUGUACAACGGGAAUACUGGUAAUGCAUAUCCCCAAAAUGCGUACAAUGGUGGUAAUGCAUAUGCCCAAAAUAGUUACGGUAGCAACGCAUAUCCUCAAAAUAGUUAUAGUGGCAACGCCUAUCCUCAAAAUAGUUAUACUGGCAACGCCUAUCCACAAAAUAGCUAUAGUGGCAACGCCUAUCCUCAAAAUAGUUACGGUGGCAAUGCUUAUCCUCAAAAUAGUUAUGGUAGUAACUCUGGUGGCUACGGUGGCAACACAGGAGGCAACACUGGGUACGGGGGUGGUGGUUACCAAAACAACGGAUACGGAGGCGGGGGUGGGGGUGGGGGUUAUAGUGCGAACCAAAAUAGUGGUUAUGGGGGAAAUCCAAAUAGUGGUUAUGGUGGAAGCCAGGCAUAUGGAGCCAACAACGGUUAUGGAAACGGGGGUGGUCAAACUGGUGGAUAUGGUGGCGGAGGUGGAGGCUAUGGUCAGUCAGGAUAUGGUGGAGGGAACCAAAACAGUGGAUAUGGGAACCAAGGCUAUGGAGGAGGAAAUCAAUAUGGCGGGUAUCCUAACACUGGAUACGGUGGGAAUAAUGGUUACGGAAAUGCUGGUUAUAGCGGUGGUAGUGGACAAGCCAGUGGUUACGUAAACUCUGGUACUGUUGACAGUAGCAACGCAGAAGAGACCAGUGUUUCUGAAAGCAGCGAUCCAUUUUCGUCCGCUUGGUUCUUCGGUUCAUCGGAUCCAUACUCCGGUUGGAUUGCAGCCUACGACGCCGGAUAUGACGCAGGUUCUAGUUCUGCCGACCCGGCGCACAUUGAUCAUGAGAAAGAAAAGGAAAAGAAUGAUAAAAAUAAGAAUGAUGAUAGCGAUAAUAGUGAUGAUAGUAGCAGUGAUAGUAGUAAUAAAUAAAAGGACUCCGUCGCAAUUCUUAUGGAUUAUUAUUGAUUCGAGACCGUGUUACAUUUUGAUUAUUUGUUAUAAUUAUAUUGACAUAUUAUACUUGUGUUGGCGAAACAUUAAAGCCUAGUCUGUUAUAUAAAGGGGGAAAUAUCUAAUAAAUAUUAUAUAUCCAAA